UUAUUAUUAAAAAUGAAAGUGAAGACCUCUGCUACUGUCAGAACUGGCCAACAACUUAGAGUUCAAAGUAUUGAGAAUGAACUCAACCAAGCCUUUAGAGGAAACACGUAUAAAAUGUCUACUGUUUCCAAAAAAAGGAGCGACAAGAGAAGAACAAAGACUCUGGAUGAGGAGUGACUAGGUGCCUGAACUAUCAAGUCAACCAUAAAAAUUCCAGAGGUAGCAAUGAAGUCUGCUCAUACUAAGAAUCCAUUGAAUCGCAAAUCCCAAAAGGAGAGGUCUUCAAAGGUAAGAAGGAGGAAAACUGCAGAUGAGAUAAAUCUGCUAGAGAAAGCUUUUUCAAAGGAUCCUGAAUGGAACCAGGAAACAGUGGAUUUCAUCAAAGACAAUUCUAAUUUGGAAUAUGUCCAGAUCUAUAAAUGGGGUUGGGAUCAAAAGAAGAAGGUUAAGAAAAAUCCAAACCUUAAAAGGGUCCCAACCAUCGAUGAAUUUGGAGGAUACUGCAAGUAUGACAACUCAGAUGCUCACUUACUUGCUUUAUGAGAUGAAGAUCUGAACCAUAAAAUUGCACUAUUAGACCAGGAAUGUGAAAGGGAGUGUGGCCCACUACCAGAUUAUAAUCCGAGAGAGAAUGUGAUGAAACGUAGAAAGACAGUUGAAGUAGAGAAUAUUGAUAAAAACAUUCAAGAUAACGAAAUCCACGAAUCUCAAAAAGAAGAGACUGAGGGUUUCUUUGCUCCUCAAAAGAAGAUGAAAAGAGAUAGAUACUGUUCUGAUUUGACUAAUGUUACCAGAUCUCCCGCUGUUCCCCAUUUAUUAAAAGAAUCAAACCCAUCAUGGGGCUUCAAGGAAGAUAUUUCAAAUGAAAAAGUAGAGUUUUGCUUCGAUUCAGGAGAUAUGAUAGACAACGACAACUCGUUUGGUUUUAUAUACAAUUCAGAAACAGAAGGGAUGUUCAAUCCAGAUAGACAUUUCAAAAGCAUAGACGAUAACUACUUUGGAUGCGGUCAAUUCAACUAUUAAUACAGUAAACUAUUUUAGAAUGAAGAAUGAGUUAUUCCAAGAAUUGUGAUAGCUCAUUCUCAAUUCUUGAUAAAUUCAUCUUUCAUUUGAGAAUAAAAUUACUUC